AUGCAAGCAUCCAACUUGAAAACAUACCGUCGCUCAGUUGCCAUGGUCUGUCCACGAAAGAAGCGUGCCCAAGAAACUCAGCUCUACGACUCGCUUCAAGACGAGCCCGUGUUGCUCACUCGAGAACUUUUGGAAAGUUUCUUCGACAGGCCUCUGGUUGCGGUGUCUCAAGAACUUGGCAUCUGUCCUACAGCUAUCAAACGAGCAUGCAGAAAGCUCGGCAUUGCUAGAUGGCCCUUCAAGACACCUAAUCCAGGCCCCAAGAGAAAGAGGCAGUCCAUUCAGCCUCCCAGGCUCUCCUCUACUGUUUCCUCCUCUUCCGAGCCAACGGACGUUGAGAGUUUAUCGUGUGGCUCCCCUGAUGAUCAUCAAAGCGGCUCAACUGAUCUCUCAGUUGAUAUCACUUUCGAUGAUAUAUGCGAGGUUGUCAAUCAGUCGUCGUGUGAUCUGUGGUAUGACAACACCAGACAGCCGUUUGCGGAAGACGAUGAACAGGCCAAUGUCGACGAACCACAUCUAGUAAUCAACGGGGACUCAUUCGAAUCAUCCCUUCAAGAUUAUUAUUUGGAAGAGGAAGACCAGUUCUUACCAUUUGGUCUGACUCAGGUAGAUGAAGCACCUUUUAUUUGGAAUUGA